AUGGAAGAAUUUAAGAAACAGCAGGAAGAGAACAGGAAAAAGUACAUCGACUACAUCGAAAGAAGACGUCAAGAGAUCAAGACCAGGCAGAGUGAUGUACUUGACAAACUAAAUAGGAACCUCUCUGAGAAGUAUGCUAUUAAAUAAGAAAAUCAAUGAGAAUAAAGAUGAAAAUAAGCAGUAUUCAAAAGACUUCUUGAAAGACAUCAUUUCUAGACUUCCAAAGGAGAAACCACAGAAGCAAUAUACUGAUAUAAAUGAGAUACUGAACCAUCUCCAAGCAAAGCGACAGACUUUAGCGACGAAAAUGGGACUUCCUGUUCCUAAGGAGUCAGUCAGUUUUAUUGAAGACGCUGAGGACAUGGUAAAGGCUGUCAGCGAAGAGGAUGUCAAGAUGUUCAUCAUACCUGGCAAGGCGAAAGGGCAUAACUACAAACUCACCAAAAAGGAUUAUUUAAAGCUAUCUCGCUUCCAUCAUCCUAAGCAGACAAUUGCUGAGUAUUUCAAAGAUAACAAGUCUAUCGACCUGAAUACUAAGAAGAUAGAGAAGUUCCUAGAACAUGGAGUACUUGACAAUGUUCUGUUUAAUUUCUUAUUCUCAAGAGGCCUUGGUCUCAAAGAUGGCCUGAUCGACAUAGACAGAGCAUAUCUCAUGAUUAGGAAAAUCAAUGAAAGUGAGCUAGACUUCCCUGAAAAAGUUCCAGAUCAGCCCCUCAACGAUGAUGAGAAGCUUGAAAUUGUAUGAAGCUUCAUGAAAAGGCAUCCCCAGUUAUUACUUCAAGCGAUCCCUGACUCAAAGAAACAAAAGCAGAAGAUCCAUAUUCCUGACAAGAGGACUAAAAAGAAGGAGAAAUUCCCACAACUACCAAAAUCUACCAACAAUAUGAGGAAGAGAACUCGAUUCAGGACAAUCGAGAGAGACCAACAGGAUUAUAAUGUUUAUUCAGGAAAACUGAAAAGAAAGAAGAAUGAACUUCUCCGUAGGAGCAGCAAUUCCCCAGCUGUUCCAAUGCCAUCUCAUUCCAGACUCUCUUCAUACUCUAAUAGGGUCAAAAAUUUUGAAAAUUCUUUGACGAGUGAUUUCAAAAUGGUUUCUCAAGGGAUUAAUUUUGAGGUUGAACCCACUGACAUCCGUAACAAAAAGGUCAGAACCUCGAUGAGUCACAACAGACCGAAGCAGUAUAGCUAUUUACGAGAUAGGAUACCUCCCCAGUCACGUGAAAAUACCAGCAGCUUGAUGAGAAGACCAAAGUAUGACAAAAUCAGUCCUGGCUCAAACUCUAAUAAGAAGAUGACUAUCAGCACUAGAGAUAGAGAGAGUACACGAAUCUCUACAAAGCCCAAGACAGCUAUGGGUAAGAGAAAGAUAAAAUCUAAUAUCUCUCUGCAACGCAAACCUACAAAAAAAAAGGUUGAGCCAGUUCAGAGCAAACUAUUCACAAUAAACACAAGCUACACAUCUCAGCCACCUAACCACCCACGCUCGAAGACCUCGUCUCAGAAGGAUCCUCAUUCGACCUCUUACUACUAUUCAAACAUUACUAAAUAACCGUCUUAAAAACCUGAACUUGGUGUCAAAGCCCACUUCCAAGAAGAAGAGGUCUUUGGCUCCAAUCCAGAGGUCCCAUAAAAGCCAGGUUGCGCCCACAAACAGAUUUAGUCUUAAGCAUCGCUCUCAUGACGUAAGCAUGAUCACUGGAGGCAACCCUGCUAAUAGCAGUUAUGGAGAGAUAGACUCCUCCAAAGCAAAGCAUUAUGAUACUAUUGGCUAUGAUUUCAACCAUGAAGUUGAUAUCAGCGAUAGAAAGAAACGAGACCUCAAGGAAUACUUCAACCACAAGAAGUUCAUAGCGGCUCCUAGUAAAUAAAUCCUUCAAAAAGGACUUCUCCACUAUGAGGGAAAGGAAUGCUUAUGUAGAGUCUGACCUAGUGGUCCAAGAUCGAUCUGAAAUCACCAACACCGAUAAUUACAGCACCAUUAGUAAAAACCUGCAAUUUAAAAAUGUGCCUAAAAUCGAGCCUUAUUUCAGUGAGAAAAAUUUUGAGCCCAAGUUCACAGAGAGCAUACUCAAAGAAAACAGGAAAGAUACCUCUAUAAGGAAUGGAGGACUUGAGACAAGCCAGCAUACCCAGCACAACCCUUGAACCGAAAUGAACCAGGACACCAUUAACCAAGAAACGGAUAUAAACAGAGAUAUGGGAAUGUCUGAUAUCAAGGACCAUCCUUCUCUUAGAGCUAGCAUUCCUGAAGAGCUGACCAAAGAGGAUCUCCUCGAGGAGAAUCCUCAGCUCGAAAACAAUAAUACUAACCAACGUAACGAUCAAUUGAGUCAAUUAAUCUACGAGUGCUACUACGACCAACCUCAGAAACACAAUGCAAGUCAGGUAUAUCGAAAGAGGUAUGCCGAAAUAGACACAACUCUUCACUGGAGUAAGGCUGGCAAGAGACUUCCUGUUGAUGACUAUAAGGACUCAAUUGUCCCUCAGACCACAAUUGAACAAGAGAACCUCCGUAUAGCUGAAGAAGAGAAUAAGCAAUUACUUGAACAGCAAAGCCAGAAAAUGCAGCAGCAGAAAAUCCUUGAGGAAAACCAGCUUGCUCAGAAGCCAAACCAAGAAGAAGAAAUUGAUAAAAGUCAACACAAAAUUGAACAGAACAGUGCUGAGUUACAAGACGAAGUUUGAUUAGAUCAAAAUCUUCUCAACAAACUUCCUAAGGAAACAAGUGAAGAGUCUAGUAAACUCUCAACUAGAUUUUACGACCCAUCUGAGAAUCAACCCAAGAAGGAGAAAUACAAGAUUAAGAACAUAGACUGGCACACAUCUGCCAUCUGUAAAGAUAUUGAGAAUACCACAUUUGAUCCUAAUUGAGUGAGUUUCGAGCAUAUCAAAGAAAUUGUCAGAGAAAAUACUACCAAUAAUGACCUUAACAGUACUACUAUUAUUCAUGAAGAAGGUACCGAUGAUCCUUCUGAUACUACUGGUGUGAUAAAGGAGUUCAUCAAAGAAACCCUAGAGUCCUCAAAUGACUGAAUGAUAAGGUACAAUGAAGUAGAUGCACUACUUGCCUUGAUAAAGGAGAGAUUCAGUGACUUUAAGCGAUCAAAGCAUCUCGAUGAGUUUUUCAAAUCUGCAAGCUUUACCCUCUAUGCAUUGACUUUAAAUUUGUGACUCCCAGAGACACAUUUCUAUAGAAUUAUGAGCAAAUACGAAGAAAUCACAUAUGAAAAUACUAUUAAACUAAUUAUCCGCUGUAAGAUCUUCUACGAGGCCAGAACCACUCUCUGCGACAUCCUAACAAUGAUUUCCGAAAGAGAAUACACAGCUGCUCUCCUCCAGACCGAAAUCGCUUCACUAGACAGCUGUGACCAAGCCCCCAACACAGAAUCCACCAACCUAAGGGCCUCUCUAAAACUCCUUCACGACCAGUCCACCUUCAUUUCAGACAAAAUCUCCCAAUUUCGUACUCUAAAAUCCCAAAAAGUCGGUCUUUCUUCUAUAAAGCCCCUGUCAAAAUCCAGCCCAUUUGACCGCCCCUUCCUGUACAAGGAACAAGAUUAUACUACAACGAUGAAAAGGUUUGACCAGAUGUUGAGUAAGGUACUUGAAGUUCAUGAAAUAAGUAUAUAUUAA